AUGUUGUUGAUGUUCGAAAAUGGUAUACGUGGAGGAUUGGUGCAGGCGAGCAAGCGAUAUGCGACGGCGAACAAUGUAAAGACUCCGGGGUAUGAAGAAACGAAGGAGAAAUCGUGGAUCAUAUAUCAGGACUGUAACAACUUGUACGGGUGGGCAAUGUCUCAGUACAUGCCGUACGGUGGGUUCAACUGGGUUGAACCUACAUUGAAUGGGUUGAACGAUUUAGACGACACUUCACCCAUAGGACGAGUGUAUGAGGUGGACGUGUCGUAUCCAAGACACUUGCGUAACGGACAUAACGACCUGCCUUUCCUGCCACAAAACAGCGUGCCUCGAGGCUCGAAGGUUAGGAAGUUGAUGGCGACAUUUGAGAAAAAGGAGAAUUACAUCGUACAUUAUAGGAACCUACAGCAGGCCAUUAAGAAUGGUUUGAUAGUUGAAAAAGUACAUAGAGUGAUACAGUUUAACCAGUCAGAUUGGUUGGCUAAAUAUAUAGAUUUAAACACCGAAAUGAGGAAAAAGGCUAGGAACGCAUUUGAGAAAGACUUCUUUAAAUUGAUGAAUAACGCUGUAUUUGGAAAAACUAUGGAAUCGAAACGAAAACAGCUGAAAAUAGAGUUGGUAUCCUGUGAGAGGAGGUUACAGAAAUGUAUUAAUAAAACUACUUUUAAACACUGCACUAAUUACAAUGAAAACCUCAAUGCAGUAGCGUUGGAGAAUAAGAUAAUUAAAUUUGACAAACCUAUAUAUAUUGGAUUUUCAGUGCUGGAUAUCAGUAAGACGUUGAUGUAUGACUAUCACUACAAUGUUAUGCAGAAGCACUAUAGGGAUAAAAUUAAGCUAAUGUACACUGAUACAGAUUCGUUGAUAUACCAUAUUAAAACUACUGAUUUUUAUGAAGACUUGGCAGCUAAUCACAGCUUGUUGGAUCGAAUGGAUACAGCUAACCUACCCAGUGAUCAUCCAUGUUAUGUUGCAGUUAGAAAGAAGGAACCUGGGGAAGAUGAACCAGAGGAUGAUUGGCCGGAAUUAGAUUUUAUGGUGGGGAAAGAAGGGUGGAACUGGAACGAGGAAGAGAAAGGCUUAAUGAGAGACCUUCUACAGUGCCUAACCUAA